AUGGCCAAAGACCACUUUUUGCUAUUUGAACACGUUGAAGGACUUGAGUUGUUCAGACUGAAGCAGAUUGAAGAUCUACAGGAGAAAUCAUUCUCCAAUUACAUGCAGCUGAUGGAGGCAGUCGACCACGUCUCCACAUUUGAAACCAGCCUACAAAGUGACUUGAAUUCAGAAAUAAGAAAAAUGCUCAUAUUGAACGAUGUGAAGAUUCUCCACUGUGACAGAUCACUCAAGACCAUCUGCAAGGAGAUGAAUAUCGAACAAAGAGACUCAAUGAGUCUCACUCGUGGCAUUAAGACCAACAUAAAUCAAAUUAGAAAGAAGAAUCAGAAUAACCAGGUAUUGCUGGCCCAUGCCCACAAAUUCAGUCGAAACAAGGUCGGAGAGCAACGAGACGACAGCUACGUCGUACACGUUGGCUACGAAAUGGAUCAGGUUGAAAAGGAACUGCUUCAGAUUGAAAAUAUGCUUAAAAAUAAGCUUAAUCUCCGUAGCAUAAACGAAGAUGAUUCAAGUGCAACCAAAUUGGAUUCUAAGGAGAUACUGCUGCUCAAGAAGCUUCUUGAUGAGAAAAUGGAGCUAUUCACCAAACUCAAACUCCAUCUCGCCAGUAAAAUGAAGGUCAUUGCUCCGAAUACCAGAGAAAUCAUUGGAGACAGAAUUCUGUACAGAAUGCUUCAUAAAACUGGUGGCCUACACAACAUGGCCAUGUAUCCAGCCAGUACCAUUCAGUUGCUUGGAGCAGAAAAGAGCCUCUUCAUCAGCCUAAAAAUGAAGAAGAAUACUCCAAAACAUGGAAUGAUAUUUGAGUUAUUGAAAGAGAACAAACAGGUCUUUAGCAAUGGUAAAAUAAGCAGAGACAUCGCCAACAAAGUGGCAAUAGCUGCCAAAAUCGACAACUACGAUCCAUCAACAAACAGAUACGGAAUAGAACUCAGGAAAUCAGUUGAUAAAAAGAUGGUAGGAGAAAAGGAAACAGAAACCACUGAACAGAUUCUUGAACGAGUUUCAAAGGAAUUAUCUAACUGA